AUGGGAAUCCAGAAUCAGACACAAGUGAUGGAAUUUGUCUUCCUGGGUUUUUCUGGCAUUUUGAAUGGGCACAUCUACCUCUUCCUGGCGUUCUUAGCCAUCUACUUGGUCACUGUGCUGGGGAACCUCAUGAUAUUCACUAUGAUUCAACUGGAUUCCAGCCUCCGUACCCCCAUGUAUUAUUUCCUCAGCCACCUCUCCUGCUUAGAUAUUUGCAUCUCCUCGGUCACCGUCCCCAAAAUCCUGGUGAACUUCUUGUGUCAGCAACAGACCAUCUCCUACGACGAGUGCAUGGCCCAGAUCUUCUUCCUGAUGUCUUUCACGGGAGCGGAGUGUGGUCUGCUGGCUGUCAUGGCCUACGACCGCUAUGCUGCCAUCUGUAAACCUUUGCAUUACUCCCACCUCGUAGAUUUCAAGGUGUGCACCAUACUAGCCUUUGCCACUUGGAUCUGGGGUCUCCUAGACUCUGCUCUCCACCUGGCACUCAUCUCCAGGUUGGACUUUUGUGGAGUCAACCAGAUUCAUCACAUCUUCUGCGAUCUCCCUCCACUGAUGAAAAUUGCUUGUAAUGAUGCACACAUCAAUGAACUGGCACUCAAUAUAUCGGGAUUUUUCGUGGGUGGGGGCCCCUUCCUGUUCAUCAUUUUCUCAUACGUCUUCAUCCUGUCCUCCAUCUUGAAGAUCCGUUCCACCACUGGGAAGCGCAAAGCUUUCUCCACCUGCGCUUCUCACCUUAUUGUUGUCUUCGUUUACUAUGGAAAUGGGAUCUUGAACUAUCAGAGGCCAAGCGCUGGUUACUCUUUGGCAACUGGAACUUUGGGCUCCAUCAUGUACUGCAUCAUCACCCCAAUGCUGAACCCCAUAAUUUAUAGCCUCCGCAACAAAGAAGUGAAAGGGGCCCUCAAGAAGGCUGUGGAAACCUGGAGGAAGUCUAAGCAUCACCAGUCUGUAUGUUAG